AUGAAGAAAUCUUUGGUUGGGAGUUUUGGACUGGACAGACAGAUACACCAGGCACUGGCCCUGAUGAUGACUUCUCCAAACCAGGAUGUGAUGGGGACGUACCUGUUAAUGGACUCCAUCUAUAGCAUUGAAGGAGAAUCUGCUCAGCUCUGGAGCCCCUCUACCUCAGCAUCUGGUUGCCUACAGCUGGACUUUCAUUACUACAUGUAUGGCAGUGCCGCCAACAUGGAGCUUAAUGUCCAUGCAGUCACCACGGGUGUGGCACUUGGAGCCCCUAUUUUCAGCCUCAAAGGAAAUCAAGGUCAGGGCUGGAAGCCUGCAAGCAUUCGCUACAUUGGUUCAGCUGAUUCAGUGGAGUUUGUAAUUGUUGGUGUUUAUGGUGAAACAGACAAGACAGAUAUUGCAAUUGAUAGUGUCUGCAUUACCACUUGUACAGCAACUCCAACAACACCUAAACCAUCCCCACCCCAACCCACUUCACCUAAACCAUCAACACCACAACCCACUACACCUAAACCAACGACACCGGGUCCAUCAACUCCUAAGCCAACAACACCUAAGCCAACUACUCCAGAACCAACACCACCAGUGAACUGCCCUCCAGACUCUGAGUACAUUGAUUGCGGCCCAGCCUGUAUUCCUUCAUGUGCAGAGCCCUCUACUAACUGCUCUGGUUCUUGCAUCAGCGGCUGCUUCUGUAAACCAGGAUUUGUUUUCCGUGGCCGGCGCUGUGUUCCUAUUGAGCAGUGUGGAUGUCUGGAUGAAGAAAACAAUUACUUUGAGCCUGGUGAGAUCAUAUUUGGAGAUGGCUGUUCCAAGUUGUGUCGCUGUGCUGGCAACUACACUUUCGACUGUGUGGACAACACCUGUGACCCUGUGACAGAAGAAUGUCGGGAGGUUGGUGGAGUGCAUGGCUGCUACCCUAAAGGAACCUCCAACUGUAUUGCUUCUGGUGACCCCCAUUACAACACCUUUGAUAACCGGCGCUAUGACUUCAUGGGAAACUGUUCUUACCUGAUGUCCGAAACUUGUAACAGCACAGACGUGCCUUACUUCGCUGUGUACACAGACAAUGAGAACCGCUACAACAAUCCUCAUAUCAGCUAUGUAAAAGCAGUUCAUGUCCAUGCACUAGGAGUCAUAGUGUCCAUUCUGAAAGGAGGAACUGUGCAGGUCAAUGGUACCAAAGUGAACAUUCCUCUGAGUCCUGUCAGUGGUGUUGACAUUUUCAUGUCUGGAAAGCACUACACAGUGGCCUUGAACUUUGGAGUAACUGUACGUUACGACGGAAACCACUAUAUGGACAUUAAAGUUAUCAAGGA